AAAGACAGUUCCGUGUCUGAUUCUCGACUAGUCAGAUUUAUAUUAUCAAUCUAUUCGUGGCUCGGAGGUUUGCAUGCGUCCAAAAAAGUCGCUCUGCCAGAAGCUUUGUCGCCAUUCUCGUAGUGAAUUUUUACAUUCUCCCAGGAUAUACAAGAUACGAGAGGCGUGAAAGCGUUCCCUGUGUUAGUGCGCGAUGCCUUAUUUUCGUCAGUGCAGUCCACAAAAGUGAUCGACGACCUCAAUGAGAAUUCUCCUCUCGGAGAAGACGUCCAAAGUGGAAAAACGUGAAAAAGGCCUCGAAUAUUUCUCCAUCCUGCCAUAUUUGUCGUCGAAAAUCCGUGACAUUUUGCCAUCGAGUAUCGAGCAAUGUCGGAAAGCAGUUUGUGAACGGUGGCGCACGGUGGCAGGAUUUUUUUUCUCGCGAGAAAAACAUGUCAAAGGUGCUCGACUCGUCCCGUGACCUCUCGUGCUUUAAUUUGUCACUGUGACUCUCGUGUUCGGUUCCAAUUCUCCCGGUCUUUUUAUUUCACAAGACUCGACGACACUAUUUUCUCCAAGUUCUCACACACGCGUGUUCAAUGACCAGUUAUUUAAGCAGUGUGGGCGUAACUACUCUUUCCACACAUGGACUUGAGACGGUGCUAUGCCCUUUACUUCUCAAUGUACUCCCUUCGAAAAACGACGAUCAGCAACGAUGGUUGUGAGGAACAGGUUAGCGACCCUGUCAACAAGUGACAUUCCCUGGGGAAAUGCGAUCAAAAAUGCCAACGCCUCUUCCGCCGAGAACGACACCAACCUGAGCAAUUCCAGCACAAUUUCAAACUCAAGCACCAGCUCGAAUUCUAGCCUAAAUUCCAUCUCGAGCACAAAUUUUGACAAGAUGACAGCAAAGGGGGUUCUUAUCUGUCGUGAUAAUUCGCAUCCAUUCCAGGAGCGAACUCUGGCACUUGAUCAUCCUGUCAAAAUUGGCAGAUCCGUUGCCAGGGCGAAAGCAACCCCCGCAAAUGCGAUUUUCGACUGCAAGGUCCUCUCCAGGAAUCAUGCGAUUUUGUGGUAUGAUGCGGGCAAGUUUUAUCUCCAGGAUACGAAGAGCAGCAAUGGUACAUUUGUUAAUAAUAAUAGGCUCAGUUCCUCGGGACAGGAGUCGAGUGCGAGGGAAGUGUGUUCCGGAGAUAUAGUGCAAUUUGGUGUUGACGUGGUGGAAAAUACGAAGAAAUUGACUCACGGAUGUAUUGUCGCUACUUUGAAGCUGUACCUGCCGGAUGGAAAAGAGGCGAAGGCAAGCUCGAGUACUUCCGCGGCACCGGUUGCGGGAAUUACUUUUGAGGAUCUCUACAUGCUUAAUCAGUUUGUGCAAGAAGCUACAAGGCGUGAACAAGCGCUUCAUUAUAAACUGUCGUACCUGCAACAACUUGUUGAAAAUACACAAAAAGCUGCAAAUCAGUCGUGGAAAGCACUGAUUGAUGAGGAUCGAUUGCUGUCGAGGGUGGAAACUGUCGAGAGUCAGCUCGUUGUUUAUUCCAAGAAUUUUACCGAAGACAAGGUCCGGAAUGAACUUGUCAAACUCCAGGAGGAAAAGGCGACGUAUCAAAAUGCUGCCAAGGAAGCUUUGCAGAAGAUUUUACAGGAGAAGCUGGAUGUGACCCAAAGGCUCAUGCAGUUGGAGACUCGACUGAACGAAACCGAGGAAGAAUGUCAGAGUUUGCACGAAGUGGCAAAGCACACUCAGGGUGAGCUUCAGGAGCUGGCAGCUAAGUAUACGGAAGCACAAAAGAUUUUGCAGGAAACCACGAACAAAUUGAUGGAGAGCGAAGAAAAGCUGCGGAAAGUGACGGAUCGACUGGAAGGGGAGAAUAAGGUUCUCUCGAAUCAGCUUGAGGCUCACCGUCGCUACAAAAGUUUUCUCCAAAGUAAAAUUACCCGUUCGAAACUAGAUUCAAUCAACGUUCAUAAGCAAGUCACAGCCUUGAGAAAUUACAUGCAAACGCUACAGGAUGCCAAAUCGAAGCAGAUAGAGGGUGAAAAUUUUGAAUCUAAAGACGAUUUGAAUGACGUCGAGACGUCUAUGACCAUCAUCUUGAAUAAAUUGAUUCUUAGUACCAAGCCUGACGAUAUGUAUUCUGACGAGACGGAGAAGAACCUCUCUUGGCAGGAUAAUCAGGUGAAUUCCGAGGACUCGGACGUAAUGAGAAGCUUUGGAUCGGAUAAUUUGUCUGCGAAGGAUCAGUGGAAUGAUUCGCUUGUGGACAGUAAAAAAGUCUAUGACUAUAUUCUGCCACCGUCUUCGAGACGAACUUUAGUCAAUGGAAAUGCAAAUUCCGAUAAUUUGGAUUAUAGUCUUGAUUCGGACACGAGUUUCGAUGGCAUUGACGAUACCUGUAGUGUGACGGCCGUGAAGAUCGUCGAGGCUGAGUCUGACGAGAAACCGUGUGACGGUGUCGCGAACCUGGAGGAAAUGAUGCGGCCUUUGGAGAAAAAUGGUGGCACACCUCCGAAAUUGGAAGUGAGAUUCGCCGGCGAUGCAGACGGAAAACAGUUGGAAACUAGGUAUGAACCGGAAGAAUCGAUUGAGACAGAAACCGAAGAGGCCGACUCGGGAAACAACAGUUCCGAUUCGCAGGAUUCGCCCGUCAGUCCUAUCCGUUCCAUCGUAGUGACAGUGAAGGAAGAAGAGAAAGAGGAGGAGGAAGAGGAUGAGGAGAAGGAGGAGGAGGAGGAGGACGAUGAGGUGAACAAAACUCAGAGGUCCGUCGAGGAGGAAUGCUGCGAGGGUGAACACCUGGAGGGCGAAUACGUGAAAACCCUGAAACCCCUGAACAAAAGUGAUUCCUCGCAGAGCGUACAAGCUCAGGAGUACAUUCUCCAGAGUCUCAUUGGCUGUCUCGACUCUUUGAAAGCGGAGGACAGUCUGGAAGCACAAAAUAUAGUGAAACGUGAAUUAGAGGAGUUGAAAGACUGGCUGCUUCGCGAGCAGAGUGAUGUCAUCUCGAGUAAACUGAAGGAGCUCUACUAUCGUUCGAAGAACGAGAGCGAGCGAAUGCAGGAGGUGAACGAGGAGCUGGUGAUACUCAAGGAAAAGUACAAUGCCUUCGCCGAGGAGAAGGCCGAGCUCCUCAAGACUAAUUUAACCCUCAAGAGUCAAUGUGGCGAUCUUUUGAAUGUCACGUACGCGGUGCCGAUUCAGUAUGUCGCGCCAAUCGCUUUAGCAGCAUUGCUCUGGUUGCUUUUCGAGAAAUUAUUCUAAUAUUUUCCUCUCCCUGUAUAUAGGUCUCUCCAUAUCUCCCUAUCUCUCUCUCUCUCUCUCUCUCUCUCUUUCUCUCUCUGGAGGAGAAUCUUUUUUCGUAUGACGAAUUCUCUCUCGUUUAAAGAAACAAUUCUCGUCGGAGCCAAGUGUUUUUUAUACGAAUAUAGAAAUACAGUGUACAUAUUUCGACUUUGAGAAGAGUUGAGAGUAUGGGAGUUUAAUCAAACGAUUUGUUUCUAAUUAAUAAUGUACAGUGUGGAGGGGGGGAGGGGAGACCUUGAGUUAAAGGCAUUAGAGGAAGCAUACAAGUCUUGUAAAAUGUUAAUUGCGCUGCCAAUCUUAAUAUCAUAUCUUCCCGGAUGUGAGGAGUAUUAUUGUCGAAUAUUGCACGUUUCAAACAUAUUUUUUUCUCGAAUAUUUGAUUGCAAAUGUAUUUUUGUUUCAUCUGCCGAGUGAGUGACAGCGGCGACGGCGGCAACGAAGGCGACGGCUUUUGCUUCUGUAUUGCACAAUAUUUAGUUGUACUUUUUUGUGCUUGAGGUGAAGUUGAUCAAAAUGCACAUUACUGUGAGAUAUUUAAUUUUUUAAAGUGUACUUCUUUUUAAUGUAUAAAGUCAAUUGUUUUUAUAUUUACACUUUUCGAAUAUUGCUAUAUUAUAUAUUAUAUUCUCUUGUACAUUGAAUUUGUAAGAUGACUGUUUGAAGUAGUGAAAAGAUAGAGAUAGAGAGAGAGAGAGAAAGGUUGAUUACUCGUCUUAUUUUUGUUUUCGUUUAACUUCUGAUCUAGACCAGGAGUUUCAAUUGUCAGACCUUGAUUGUGCAUGUAUUCAGAAUUCUAAAUUAUUAUUCAUCGGUCUGUCGCUCGAAUAAAUGGCCUAGGCGUUGUUUUGUAUUUUUUAAUGAAUUAUAGUUACACUUUUUCUAUUAAAACCUUUUUAUACGGAAGUUAUUAACGCUCACACUCUACCUUGUCAUUUCAUUAGUUAUUUAGAGUGCCAUUGUAUCGAUACAAUUUGCCAUGACUUGAAACAUGUAAAAUGAUUAAAAAAAAAAAGAAGAGGAGAAAGUUCUAUUUUCAAAAAAAAGAAGAAAAAAAAGAAAAAAAAAGAACUGCAGCAUGCUGUGCGUUCGUUGGAACCGAUUUUUUCGGAAGGUUGAGGCAAUAAGUUAGGUACAGCAAGUAAAUUUUGUACAUAAUAUUGUUGAUAUUACCUACAUAUGUAACAGUCAUUAUAUUAAAAAAAACAAUUAAAUUAGUUAAAAUUUGUCAA